AUGGAUGAGAUUGCUCCUGAAUACGACGUCAUCGUGCUGGGCACUGGAUUGACCGAGUGUAUUCUUUCUGGUGUUCUGAGUGUCAAGGGCAAGAAGGUCCUCCACAUCGACCGCAAUGACCACUAUGGCGGUGAGGCAGCUUCCGUGAACCUCGAGACUCUCUUCAAGAAGUACGGCAACUUCCGCGAAGGCGAGGAGCCCUGGAAGCAAUAUGGCCGUCUCAAUGACUGGAACAUCGACCUUGUCCCCAAGUUCCUCAUGUCCUCUGGCGAAUUGACCAACAUUCUCGUCUCCACCGAUGUUACACGGUACCUCGAGUUCAAGCAAGUCGCUGGCAGCUACGUCCAGCAGGGUGCCUCCAACAAGGCUACCGUCGCCAAGGUGCCCUCUGAUGCUGCCGAGGCUCUGCGAUCUCCCCUCAUGGGUAUCUUCGAGAAGCGACGCAUGAAGUCCUUCAUUGAGUGGGUUGGCACCUUCGACCCCAAGGACCCCGCGACACACAAGGGCCUGGAUAUCAACAAGUGCACCAUGAAGGACGUCUAUGACAAGUUCGGCCUCGAGGCCACCACAAAGGACUUCAUUGGCCACGCCAUGGCUCUCUACCUCACCGACGACUACAUCACCGCCCCUGGCCAGGCUCCCGAGGCUAUCCAGCGAAUCCGCCUGUACGGUAACUCUGUUGCUCGAUACGGAAAGUCUCCUUACAUCUACCCUCUCUACGGUCUUGGCGAGCUCCCCCAGGGUUUCGCCCGUCUGUCUGCCAUCUACGGCGGAACUUACAUGCUCAACACCAACAUCGACGAGAUCCAGUACGACGGCGACAAGGCUGUUGGCAUCGAGGCGACCAUGACUGGUGUUGAGGAGAUGAAGUUCAAGACCAAGGCCAAGAUGAUCCUCGGUGACCCCUCCUACUUCCCCAACAAGGCCAAGGUUGUUGGCCACGUCCUUCGAGCUAUUUGCAUCCUGAAGCACCCUCUUGCUGGUACCAACGAUGCCGACUCUGCCCAGCUCAUCAUUCCCCAGUCUCAAGUUGGCCGAAAGAACGACAUCUACAUUGCUUGCGUUUCUUCUGCUCACAACGUCUGCCCCAAGGGCUACUGGAUCGCCAUUGUCUCGACUAUUGCCGAGACAUCAGCUAACCACCACGUUGAGCUCCAGGCUGGUCUCGACCGCCUUGGCAAGAUUGAGGAGCAGUUCAUGGGUCCCCCUAUUCCCAUCUACGAGCCUCUUGAGGAUGGUACCAAGGACAACAUCUUCAUCUCCAAGAGCUACGAUGCCACCAGCCACUUCGAGACCACCACCGACGACGUCAAGGACAUCUACCACCGCGCCACCGGUGAGGAGCUCAAGGUUGAGGGUUUGAGGGAAGGUAUCCAGGUUGCUGAGGAGCAGUAA